AGAGAAAAUUCAGACUGCCUUCAAAAUUUUGGUUCAGAAAAAUUGCAACAGAAUUUCAACGACGUACACCAGUCUAACAACUAUUGAUGUCAAACACCCGCGUAGGUGUCAAGACACAUUGUUGAAUAAAAAGUAGAGGUUAGAUUUUCCAAGUCAACAUGUCAGGUUGUCCAAGUAUCCAAGAUUCCUCAGAACAAGACAGUGUAUCUUUAAGCAGUUUCCAAGAUCAGCCCUACAGGACUUUCCAUAUAAGGCCACAAGAUGGUGCAAGUUGUAAAAUCAUUCUUGACACAAAAGAUCCUGUCUCACUAGAAUAUCCUGUGCAAAAGGAAUUUGACCUCUGUAUUGGUGAAAGUGAAUCUCCUUUAGGUGAUGAUAUAGAGGAUAAACUGAGGACUCUGAAGGUUGGAGAGAAAUGUUCUGUCCAUGUAGCAGAGAAUAAAGAGAUGAAUAGGGAUAAGAGUGUUACACUUACUCUAACUCUUAGUCAGUUUGAAAACUGCAUUCCAGUGUACCAGCUCUCUAAUGAAGAAAAAUUUGAAAAAGCUAAAUGUCUCAAAGAAAAAGGAUUGGAUCUAUUCAAAAGUGGAAAAAAUGAAUAUGCAUUUAAGCGUUUUAGUCAAGCACUGAAAUUGUUGAUAUUGAUGCUGCCAAAAGAGAAAAUGGCUGAAGCAAUUUCCGCUGAAUAUGACACUUUACGAAUACAGUGUUACUCUAACAUAGCAGCUUGUCAACUGAAAGAAGAGAGUUAUGAUUAUGUUGUAGCUAACUGUACAAAAGUAUUGGACAUUGAACCGGGCAAUGUCAAGUGCAUUUAUCGAAGAGCUAAAGCAUAUUUCUGUUUAAAAAAGUAUGAUUUAUGUAAGAAUGAUGUUUUUGAAGGUUUAAAGUUUGAACCAAAAAGCAAGACUUUUAACGACUUGAACACAAGUCUAAAUGAUAUUAAAGAAACAUAGGAAAAGAAACAUUGACAGUUUUCAUCAGUUUGAAGUAUUCCAGUUGCUGAUCAUGUGCACCUUCAGAUCUGGUUGUGAAAAUAAUAUUAAUAUUGUUUCAAAGAAAAAAAUGUUAUGUCUAAAUGUUAUCCAAAAAAUAAAUUAACUUAAUACGA